ACCAUAGAGCGGCUGGUCCGCUCUAGCCUCCGACGGUUGCUGUCUCUCGUAUACUGGGAGGCUUGGCGGGGCGGGCUUGAGCGCUUGCGGAGACGGAUUCCUUUUGGAUACCAUGGCGCUUCCGAAAGAAAAUGUCAGCUUGCUUUUUAAGUUGUACUGCUUGACGGUGAUGACCUUGGUGGCUGCAACAUAUACAGUAGCUUUGCGAUACACGAGAACAACAGAAACAGUUUUGUACUUUUCAACUACAGCUGUUUGCAUUACAGAAGUUAUCAAGCUAUUCCUAAGUUUGGGCAUUUUAGCAAAAGAGACUGGAAGCCCGGGUAAACUAUUGACAUCUUUAAAAGAAAAUGUCUUGGGCAGCCCUAAAGAGCUACUCAAAUUAAGUGUCCCGUCUCUCGUCUACGCCAUCCAGAACAACAUGGCCUUCCUGGCUCUUAGCAAUUUGGAUGCAGCCGUUUACCAGGUGACCUAUCAGUUAAAGAUCCCAUGUACUGCUUUAUGUACAGUCUUGAUGCUGAACCGCUCUCUCAGCAGACUGCAGUGGUUCUCAGUCUUCAUGUUGUGUGGUGGAGUCACGCUUGUUCAGUGGAAGCCAGCUCAGGCCACAAAAGUCCAGAUGGAGCAGAGCCCAUUGAUAGGCUUCGGUGCGAUAGCCAUUGCUGUUUUAUGUUCAGGAUUUGCAGGGGUAUAUUUUGAGAAAGUGCUGAAGAGUUCAGAUACAUCUUUAUGGGUCAGGAACAUUCAGCUGUACCUCUCUGGGAUCGUAGUGACCUUGGCUGGUGUCUACAUGUCUGAUGGCGCUAAUGUAAUGGAAAAGGGCUUCUUUUAUGGCUAUACCCGAUACGUCUGGUUUGUCAUCUUCCUUUCCAGCGUUGGAGGUCUCUACACUUCAGUUGUUGUUAAGUACACUGACAACAUUAUGAAAGGCUUUUCUGCAGCCGCCGCCAUCGUUCUCUCUACCGUUGCCUCAGUCCUCCUCUUUGGCUUACAGAUAACCAUCACCUUCUCUCUCGGUGCCCUCCUUGUAUGCAUCUCAAUAUACCUGUAUGGACUGCCUCGACAAGACACUACAAAAAUCCAGCCAGCAGAAGCAAAAGGGUCAAAACAAAAUCUGAUUAGUGUGUGAUAAUUUGCAUCAUGAAGAAUAGAAAAAGACAAUCUAAAGACUUAACAUGAGUGUUUGUUCCCCCCCUUUUUUUUAAAAAAAAGAGCCUUAAACUGAUAAUGCAAGACUGUUUGAACUAAAACUGAAGUAACUCAUUAGUGAAAUGAAGGAUUACACUGGAGGAUGGAAACUUUGCUAAAUUGUGAAGUACUGCUUUUUGUGUAAAGUUGAUCUAUUUGUGUUGAACUACGAAGAGUUUGUUCGCCAAGAAGAAUGAAGAAAUUGAAUGUGCAGUUUUUAAAUAUAUAUAUAUAUAUUGUAUAUAAAAUAAAGAGGGGAAUGCCAUUGGAAUUCACUUUGAUGAAACAUGUAAUAGGGAUUCUCUUCACGUGUUCUUGUAAGGAAAGGUGCUACAUUUACUAACUAAGUUGUUGAUUCAGUCUUAAAAUAUCUCAAAUUCUCAGACACACAGUACAACACAUUUCCCAGUAUCUGCUUGUGCCUUGGCUUUCAUAUUGUCGGUUGCUGAAUUACUCUGAUAAUCAGCUAGCUGUCGUAGCCAAAAUGAAACCAAGAUGCUUGUUGUGGGGGGAAACGGAAUGCUGUCAUCUGAUUGUUGAAGUGAACAUAGGUGUAGCUGAAAUGGAUUCUAUGUCUUUUAAGCUUUUGAUCUGCUGGAUCCACUCUGUGAAAGCAGGAAGAAAAGUGAAGCUGCUACUCGUAAGAGGAUUUUUUUCUAUUGUGAUUGGGUUUUUUAAUACCAUUUUGUAUAAUGCUUUUGAUGCACAUCUAAUAUUCUGAGCGUGCUAAAUAAUUUUUUGAGCAAGUUAGGUAGUGCAGGGGCCAUUUGGGUUUGAGCCCUUUGUUCUUGCAUCAAAUAAAACUUAAUGGGGGUGGGACAGUCACUGUAUUUAAUGCUACUUAGAUGUACAGUUGUUCAUUUUUGUCAACUUAAUCCAACACUGAAAUUCAUGAAGGACAAGUGUUUUGAUUUAGCUUUUCUACAGCUUUGUAAAGAUGUACGGUUAAUAAUUAAACAAUGAGGAGUAUGCAAUCUUCUCA